AUUAAACUCAUGCUGUAAUGUCAUCAUAAUAAAUAGAAGUUGUUUGCGUCGCAAGUGCAAGUAACAUUGACAUUGCUGCACCUAGCAACUUCAACUUCAUCUAACAAACAUGAAAAUAAGAUUUUUAUUCUUACUGAUUGUGGGAGUUUCAAUCGCCGAACCACCAUCCUGUAGCCCUCAAUUCAAAUGUUUUGAAUCUGAUCUCUACACUUAUGAAAUAUUAGGCAGUAAUUUCACAUGUCCACCUCGACAAAUAUGCAAUAAUGGUAAAACUUCCACUGAUUGUACACCAUGUGUCACUCUAGGAAAAGAAGUAUGUAAAUUUUCUUGUAUUACCGAUACGACAGGAACCCUACACGUAAGCAAUGUAAAGGGAGAUCAACCUUUUACUUGCCCAACAGAUCAAAUUUGUAAUGCUGAGUACCUAAACUCUUGUUCACCGUGCAUUCCAGUCGUCUGCGAACAGACAUACGAAUGUAAUCCACUAAAUCCCAAUGAAGUGAUUAUAGGUAACGCUGUACUGACUUGUGCCAACAAUAAAAUUUGUAACCAUUUAUAUAAACCUCCUUGUUCACUAUGCAUUGAAAAUUCUAAUGGAGUAACCACAACCACUACAACUACGACAACUACCACAGCGAAACCUGUUGAACCACCAAUUCAAUAUCCCCCAAAUUGCAAUGACGGUUUCAGUGCAACCCACCCAUGCCGUCCUGGACCAAGAAAAGGUGGUUAUUACUAUCAUUGCAGAGCAAUUGGCACCAAUUCAUAUGAUUACGAAGUAAAACUAUGCAAAACUCAAUAUGCAGAUGCAACUUGUGGUGGAAUCGCAAAUCUGUGUCUUGCAUAGUUUCAACAAACUGUCAAAAUAUUGCUGUAAUAAAUAUUAAAGUUUUUGUUAAUCCUUAUCUGAAUAUAGCACUAUAAAAGCAAAA